AGCAACUCCUGCUGCGAAGGAGAGAGGGUCGGCCCACAAUACAACCACUGUUUACGAUGGAACUUCUGCUGAAAACCUGUGUACUUAGAAGAAAUGCAUGUACUGCGGUUUGCUUCUGGAGAAGCCAUGCUGUACAAAAGCCUUCAGUUAAAAAGAUUAGUACUACCUCUCCAAGGAGCACCGUCAUGCCCGCUUGGGUGAUAGAUAAAUACGGAAAGAACGAGGUGCUUCGAUUUACUCAGAACAUGAUGAUACCUGUCAUACACUAUCCAAAUGAAGUUAUUAUCAAAGUUCACGCCGCGAGUGUAAAUCCUAUAGAUGUUAAUAUGAGAAGUGGUUAUGGAGCUACGGCUUUAAAUAUGAAACGUGAUCCUCUACAUAUUAAAACCAAAGGAGAAGAAUUUCCCCUGACUCUGGGCCGGGACGUCUCUGGGGUGGUGAUGGAAUGUGGACUUGAUGUGAGGUACUUCAAGCCUGGAGAUGAGGUCUGGGCUGCAGUUCCUCCCUGGAAACAAGGCACUCUGUCAGAGUUCGUUGUAGUCAGUGGGAAUGAGGUCUCUCUGAAGCCCAAAUCACUCACUCAUACUCAAGCUGCCUCUUUGCCAUAUGUGGCUCUCACAGCCUGGUCUGCCAUACACAAGGUUGGCGGCCUGAAUGACAAGAAUUGCACAGGAAAACGUGUUUUAAUCUUGGGUGCUUCAGGUGGAGUUGGUACUUUUGCUAUACAGGUAAUGAAAGCAUGGGCUGCUCAUGUGACAGCAGUUUGCUCUCAGGAUGCGAGUGAACUUGUAAGGAAGCUCGGCGCAGAUGACGUAAUUGAUUACAGAUCUGGAAAUAUGGAAGAGCAGUUGAAAUCUUUAAAACCGUUUGAUUUCAUUCUUGAUAAUGUUGGUGGAUCCACUGAAACGUGGGCUCUAAAUUUUCUCAAGAAAUGGUCAGGAGCCACAUAUGUGACUUUGGUGACUCCUUUUCUCCUGAACAUGGACCGAUUGGGCAUAGCAGAUGGCAUGUUGCAGACAGGAGUCACCAUGGGUUCUAAGACGUUAAAGCAUUUUUGGCAAGGAGUCCAUUAUCGCUGGGCUUUUUUCAUGGCCAGCGGUCUAUAUCUAGAUGACAUCGCAAAACUGGUGGACGAGGGAAAGAUUCAGCCAGUUAUUGAAAAAACCUUCCCUUUCUCUAAAGUUCCAGAAGCCUUCCUGAAGGUAGAAAGAGGACAUGCAAGAGGAAAGACUGUAAUUAAUGUCAUUUAAAUAAACUCUCAGUUUGGUGA